GUCCCAAAACCUGCCUGUGAGCUGUGCAAGACAGUGAUGGGAAAGACAGGCCAGAGUACAGUGGACCUGAACUCUCCCUCAGAUGUGAAGCAGGCUAUCCCUUUUGAGGAUAUGGACAACUACACAUCACAUACUGAUGAUGAAAAAGGAAAAGAAGUUCCAGAUAGGGGUGCCUGGAAGGGCAAAUUUGACUUCCUACUUUCCUGUAUUGGAUAUGCCAUCGGGCUGGGCAAUGUCUGGAGAUUCCCAUAUCUUUGUGGGAAAAAUGGAGGGGGGGCAUUCCUGAUCCCCUAUUUUACCACCCUCGUAUUCGCUGGGAUUCCUCUUUUCCUGCUGGAGACUGCUUUGGGCCAGUACACCUCUGUUGGAGGGCUCGGAGUUUGGAAACUGCUUCCAAUGAUGAAAGGUGUGGGUCUGGCUUCUGUAGUGCUGGCAUUCUGGUUGAACAUUUACUACAUCAUAAUCAUUGCCUGGGCCCUUUAUUACCUAUUCAACUCCUUCAGAUCAGAGCUACCCUGGCAGAGCUGUGAUAACCCAUGGAACACAGACAAAUGUUUUUCAAACUACAGCCUGACUGACACAACAAACUUAACCAGUACUGUCACCGAAUUCUGGGAGAGAAACAUGCACCAAUUGACAAGUGGACUAGAGGAGCCAGGAGAAGUGCGCUGGCCUCUGGCAGGGACUCUAGGACUGGCCUGGAUUCUGGUCUACUUCUCUAUCUGGAAGGGGGUGGAGUGGACAGGAAAGGUUGUGUAUUUCUCUGCUACCUAUCCAUACUUUAUGCUGUUUAUACUCUUCUUCCGGGGGGUGACCCUCCCUGGGGCAAAGGAGGGAGUGCUUUUCUACAUCACACCUGACUUCAAUAAGCUCUUGAAAUCUGAGGUUUGGUUGGAUGCUGCCACUCAAAUCUUCUUUUCUUAUGGGUUGGGCCUUGGUUCCCUCAUUGCUCUUGGAAGCUACAAUACCUUCCAUAACAACGUGUAUAGGGAUGCUAUCAUCGUAUGCUGUAUAAACUCAUUUACAAGCAUGUUUGCUGGCAUUGUGAUAUUCUCCAUUGUGGGCUUCAUGUCUCAUAUCACAAAGAAGCCAAUCCAAGAACUGGCAGCCUCAGGCCCAGGCUUGGCAUUUCUGGCCUACCCACAGGCAGUGACUCAGCUCCCCAUGUCCUCCCUAUGGGCCAUCCUGUUCUUUUCUAUGCUUAUGAUGCUGGGUCUGGACAGCCAGUUCUGUACAGUUGAAGGAUUUAUCACUGCUCUGAUGGAUGAAUAUCCAUCAGUCCUAAGGAGGAGAAAAAAGCUCUUCAUUCUCAUUGUCUGUAUAAUAUCCUACAUCAUUGGCUUCUCCAACAUAACACAGGGGGGGCUGUAUGUGUUCAAGCUUUUUGACUACUACUCUGCCAGUGGAAUGUGUCUUCUAUAUCUGGUGUUUUUUGAAACAAUCUCCAUAUCAUGGUUCUAUGGGGCUGAACGAUUCUAUCAAAAUAUAGAAGAGAUGAUUGGCUAUCGGCCCUGUGUGUGGUGGAAAUGGUGUUGGCUUGUCUUUACACCACUAAUCUGUCUGGGAGUAUUCACCUUUAGUGCAAUAGAGAUGACCCCACUAACGCUCGGAAAGUAUGUCUAUCCAGCUUGGGGACAGGGGAUUGGCUGGCUCAUGGCACUGUCAUCUAUGGUGCUUGUCCCAGGAUAUGUUGUCUACAUGUUUUUGGCUACUAAGGGUGGGAUACGACAGAUGUAUUUGGUAGUGAUGUACUGGAAGGGCAUCACACAAUGUCCUGUGAGCCAAGCUGUGGAUAAGAGGGAAUAUUUGGAUGGUGGAGGGGAAGAGGGAGGCUGGGAGCUGUUCCUCCCCUGUGAGGAUUCACUCCUGUUGGGUUAG